AUGGAGGAUCGAGACAAAUACAGUCCAAGAAGAGGCGCUGCUUGUUUCCAGGCUUUGCCAGACUUUGAGCCAAGCCUGCACCUUCACCGUCCUCGAGUCCACCUGACAGAUAUGGAAACAAGUUAUAGCUUUGCGUCUGAGCUGAGGAAAGAUGUACACGCUUCUGGAGACUGUGAACGAGCGACCGAGGCUUUACUUUCUGAUGGAGGUGACAGACCCAAAAUGGAGAGGGCUUCCAUCUCUAGACUCAGUGAAAAACUUGACUCUGGCGACACCCUUUUGGGAGACGAGGGUGAAGACCCAGAUGAUGAACCAGCUGUCUGCUCUCUCCCUGAUGUGUCACCCACUGAAAGCUUGCCCUUGGAUGAAGAGCUCCUCCUGGACCAGAUCAAGGACUUGAAGAAUCAAGACAAGAGCGAAAAGCCUGAAGUCUGGCGAACUGACUGGCACAAGAGUCACAUGGCAGCAAUAAGUAGUGAGAAGUUUGACAGCCUCCUGAAGAUGUGUCCCGAUUUCCAUGGCUGCAAGAGCCACAUGGCAGCAUUUGUCUUGAUAAGAGAAGUGUUGGAUACAGCAGGUCGUCCAUGUGACCAGUACAAGGUAGUGGCAGUGGGAGCUGGCCGCUCAAGCUGCAGCAAGUGGCUUUGCUACAAUGGGACGAUGGUCCAUGACUGCCACGCCAUCGUCAUUGCCAGGCGGGCUCUACUAAGGUUUCUGUACAAACAGCUUCUGCUGUUCUUUGACGCUGAUCCAAACGCCAAAGAGAACUGUAUUUUUGAGAGUAGCACAGACAGCUAUCAGCUUCAGCUCAAGCCCAAGAUCAGCCUGCAUCUCUACACCAAUCAGUGUCCCGAAGGAGCUGCCAAGAACUUCUACUUCAAGGGCUCUGCUGACAACUCUUGGACUACAGUGAAGCUGCAGUAUCAUGCCAAGGGCCUGCUGGUCCCUGUGACCUACCUUGACCCGAGUGUCUGGGGUGCCAAAGUCUGCUGCAUGUCUGGUAGUGACAAGUUGUGCCGCUGGACUGUCACCGGGGUUCAGGGUGCACUACUGAGCCACUUCAUUCAGCCUCUGUACAUCACCAGCAUGGUGCUAGGGGGCCAGAAGCUCUUUAAUAAGGAAGUGUGUGAUAUCACCACCAAGCGACUGGGUGAUGAAUGGAAAGACCUUCUGCCGCCAUCCUACAAGAAACACAUCAUCUUUCUCAGUGCUGCCUAUGUGGGACCUGUUGGGACCCCAUGCCAUGACGACCUCAGCAUCAACUGGUGCCUCGGCGACAAGGAUAUUGAAGUUCUGGACAGUAGCAAAGGCUUCAUCGUUGAUGGCUCUCCCUCUGUCAGCGGGCCUGGCUUCUCCAGCAGACUUUGCAAGAGAGCCCUCUACAGUUAUUUCCUCCGAGUUGCACAGCUGGGCGGGCAUAGCUACCUGCUGGAUCUUCCCACCUACCACAGGAUCAAGGUGGAAGCCGUCGCCUACCAGACAGUCAAAGAUCUGGUCAAGCAACAGUUUCUGAGUCUCCAUGCGGGUCCAUGGAAUUCAAAAAAGACGGUGGAUUGCUUUAGUGUUUGA